CAGAGCGGAUAUAUAGGGUCUGGUUUCUGUUAUAAUAUGGGCAUUUAGUUGAUAACGCCGGGUAACAAAUUGGAACAAGAAAUUAAUAUCUAUAUGUAUACAUAUAUAUAGAGGGAAAGUUAAAUCUUGAUAAAAUGACGACAAUUAAAUAUGAAGUAAUUCCAACGGAAGAGGGACAAUCCAUCAAAAGGAAACCUUCAAAAUGGUUUACAAAAAUGGGCUUUUUAAGUGUUGUGCUCCUUAUUCUUGCGUUAUAUACGCUGAGUGUAGCGACUUUAGCUAAUCAAUCCUGGAGUCCAUGGGAGCGAUCAAUUGAAACAACUACGUACUCUGCAAGUGCAUUGGAUAUAAUAUUUGAAAUAGGUACUUUUAGUUCUACAGAAGUAAAAGAUGAUACUACAAAAUCAAGUUUAAGUGCUGUGACAGAGACUGAGACAGAGAAUGAAAGUUCUAGCCAGGAAUCAAUUGAGAAAAGUACAGAAGUCGAUGCGAUGGUUAUUACAGACCCUAGCACUUCAUCACAUCUUUCUGAAGACUCAAGAACAGAGACUCUAUAUCCAUUAGAAACCAAUUCUGCAGUGAAAUACUUCGUCAAUAGUCCUCGGUGCCAAAUGACACAUCCUGAUCCCUUUGCCAAAAACAUCCUUAAGAUCGAUAGAAAACAUCACUAUAUAGUGUGUGAUAAUAGCCCAGACAUGAUCACAGUGAACUUCAACGAAACGGACAGCACCAACAGGCUGCACAAGAAUGAGAACAGCACCUGCUGCUACAGACAGAUCGUUCGAGCAGGGGCUUCGAGGAUGGCGGACAACCAGUACAAACUUGGCCGGUGCGUGGAGUUCCAACAGGACUUUUUAGUCCCAACAGAGGUGAAAGCCAUGAUCACCCAGUGCCGACGGCCCCCUUUUGAUAAGGUGUCCCAAAAGGACGCUUUCAGCUUUGUGCAUCCCCGAAGGAAUUCAACCAGUGAUUCGAAUUCGGAAAAAAGACCCAGUGUUUUGCUCUGGGGCAUCGAUUCCAUCUCCCGGAUGACCCUUGAGCGGACAAUGCCCCGGAUGUACGAGUACUUGCUCGGACAACAUUGGUACGAGCUGCAGGGCUACAAUAAGAUGGGCGACAACACCUUUCCAAAUCUGAUGGCGGUUCUCACUGGUUUUAACAAAUCCUCCGCAUACGGACAGUGCCACCCUGAUAAAGUGGGUGGCCUCGACGCCUGUCCUUUUAUCUGGAAGGACUUCAAGGCCAAGGGUUACACAACAGCCUUCGCCGAGGACUGGAGUCAGUACUCCACCUUCGAAUAUUCAAAAAGAGGGUUCUUUCAUAUGCCGACGGACGUUUACGGCAGACCACUGAUCCUGGCCGCAGAGAAGGAAUUGAAGAUAACGCAUCAUAGUAACAUGCCCUACUGCCUAGGACGCAAGCCGUCUUCGGAGUAUAUAUAUGACCUGGGCGUUCAGUUUACCAGGAUUAAUCGGAACAGUACUUUCUUUGGCAUGUUCUGGACGAACACAUUUAGUCACAACGACUUCUCAAUGCCCUCUGCCAUGGAUAAUAAGAUGGUGGAGUACAUGCGGACUUUAGACAGAAAUGGUGUUAUGGAUAACACCAUCAUAAUCUUCUUUAGUGACCAUGGAAGCAGAUUUGGGCCAUUGAGGAAAUUGGAUAGCGGUUUUGUGGAGGAACGACUGCCAUUCAUCUACAUCCGCCUGCCGCGGUGGAUUCGAGAGAAGUAUCCAAAAAUAGUGCGCAAUUUGAAGGUAAACCGGAAUCGACUCACUUCUCCAUAUGAUAUCCAUGCCACAUUAAGGCACAUUCUGGAAUUAAACACACUGCCGGAAGAGCUUCCUCGUCCCAACGGCUGUCCCACAUGUCACAGCGUCUUUGAGGAGAUACCAUGGUCGCGAAAUUGCUCCCAGGCAGGGAUCGAGGAGCACUGGUGCGCCUGUGACAGCUUCUCCAAUUUACCCAAAUCGGGUCCCAGUGCCAGGAAUAUGUCUACUCAGAUGGUGGAGGCCAUAAACAAAUUUGUGAGAAGUAAAAGAGGAGAAAAAUGCCGUCAGCUUAAACUGGACCAAAUAAUCUCGGUGCAGCAAAGAAGUAACUCUAAUCAAUAUCUCGUCCAAUUAAGUGUGCAGCCUGGUAAUGCCAAAUUUGAGGCUACAGUGCAGUGGGAUUCCAGUGCCCAAAAUAUCACCAUUUGGGUGCCCAGCAUCAGUCGCUUGGAUGCUUACGCCGGAAUGUCAGGCUGCUCGUCGGUUGCGGAGACCAAAAAGUUCUGCAUCUGCUGAGUUCUAGGUCCAAACUCUGGACAACCGCAAGACCGCACAAAAAAGGACUCGUUUCCCUAAUCUGCCCGAUCUUGGAAGCCUUUGUUCUUGGAUGUUAUGGAAUUCUAUCUCUAGGGUUGAUCUCUUGGGUUGAUAGAUAGUUGCCAACAACUGUUUUGGCAAACGUAAUUGCGGCCUAGCGAUUGUGCGAAUGGAAAAUUAGUUGACAAUUACAUGACAAUUGGCAGAUACUCGGGUAAUUGCCUUGUGAUUAGGCAGAGAUACAGGCUCAAAUUAACUUUAAUCUGUGGACUCUCUUAGCCAGUUUAAGCAGGAUUUUAAGGAAAAAGGAUAUAUCUAGCGUGUGUUUUCUAACAUUUAGAGUACACUUGAGUAUUGAAGAUGGGUAAUAUUAUUCCUCAGAUGUACAAAUUCUCACUCAUUAAGAUUUCUAAGAUUAAGAAAAAAGGGAAUUUUGUAAAUAAAUCUAAGUGCAAAACUUUUAUAUAUAAGUAAAAUUUUUAAGUUGGACAUAUAUAAUUUCCUUUUUCUUGAUCAAAGAUAGAAAUGCCAGUUACCGGGAAUUCUUAAUAUCGCCAACAUUUUUAAUCAGACCCUUUUCUAGAAAUCCAAUAGCCACUUCUUAUCAACUUUUUUGAGAUGAUAAUAGAAAGAAAGACAUACGAUUCUUAGAAAACGAUAAUAGCACAACAUAAAUGGAUCAAUCAGUUCAUAUUGAUUGUUGUUAUAGUAUUGAUAAAAAAGUGUCAGGUCUUAAACUUUUUUUAGUAAUGUAAUUAUUAUAGUAAUGUUAUUAUAAAUAUCCACUGUUACUUUUGUAUUAAAGCUGUCGGCGAAUAAAAUUAUCUACAAACUUCAAAAUAAACCCAUUAAGCUAAUUGCUAAUUGUUAAAUUCAAGUACACACCAAAAAUAAACUGGUUGAAAUAUUACGAAGCUUGCCACUCUCUAGAAA